UUGGCAAACAGCAUUUUAUUACUGAUUGUCAAAUAGUCGUUCACGUAAACAGCCGUGUCGUUUGUGCCAGAAAACCCAAGGUGGCUCACACGGAGCCGAGCCUUGCGGGCUCUCUUUACAAAUUCAUUUUCUUGUCUCUUGAAACAAAGCGAGCAACUAAAUGUUGAUCGGAUGAUCUGGACGGAACGCGAUGAACUGUCUCAACGUCAGUUUAAGAUAAAGGACACUCGAUGACAUCGCCCAUACUCUUCAGAAUGGCUCCGCAGAUCUCCCCCUUUGUCAGAGGAAUUCCUUUAACUUCAAUGUUUAGCCUAGAAUAUUGCUCCAAAUCAGCCACCCGUUUCACAAGCAUUUCAUUUUGGGCCAAUAAGGACUUGUUCGAAGUCAUCAGUUAAUCCUGCCUGGCUCUGAACUCAUCAAACAGGUUGCUCAUAAAGUCAAUGCUUUCGCGAAGCUAGGCAUUUUCAGACACACCAAAGUCGUUCAAUUUCAGUUUGAUCUUAGAGCCCAUUUCUAACAUAAGGGAUUCGAUCCUAUUGUUGAAAUGUUGUUCCAGCUGUUCAAUUUUUUUUGGCAAGUUCUUGACACGUAGGCAUGACGUAACAAACGUCAUGCCUAACAAACGUCGGCGUGAAGCCGCGCACGGCGAGAACGCACGAGCCAGAACGGGCUCGACUAUGGACUCGUCUUGUCUCUACUCGCCAACGGCGCUUUGUGUAGCUUAUCAAGCGCCAAUCUUUGGCUAUAUUCUGCUCACUUGAAUAAAUUUUAUGCAACAAAUGUUAAUGAGCUUUGGCAUAGGCAGCAGCGCACAUCCUUUCCUUUUUCUUUUUUUUUAGCGAAAGCUGCGCUCUCAGUGGUCGGCGUGAAACGCAAUUUACGGCUGCAGUGCGGCGCCGUCACUGGCGAGUACACAAAACUGCCCCCCUCCGCCCAAGCCCGGGGCCUGGCGCAACAAGAAGACAGGCGAGACUAAGUGCUGCGCGGUAACUUUCUCUCAAGAGGGGGCAUCUCAACCGCACUGCGCAUAACUGCACAAGGGGGGUAGAGAAAGAUGGGGUGGCAGCAGCCUAGGAAAAGAUAGGUGGGAAGGGAGUGAUAGGUAAGGGGCGAGUGAGUGCGCGUCUCGCGGACUUUUCUUGGCCAUGAGGCAUGAGGAUGAGGCCCAUGAGGCGAAGGCUACGAAAACUAAGCGCGCCUCUUUCACCGCUGCUGGAAGUAGUCCCGCAGUUUUGCUGACGUUUUCUUCUGUGGAAAAUAAGAAACAAUACUUGUUUUUUUUACAGCACUUAAUUUGAAGCAAUACGUAGCAUUCACUAAUGAAAUAUUGAUAUUUUAUUGUACUCUUAGUUUGCUCUUCCGCGUUUUCGCACACCCGAGACCGUCGCACGUUUUGCACAUUCAUCAAACGCAAAAUGACGACCGUGCAUGUAACUCUAUGUGUGCAUGGGCCCGUGUCUUCUGCAUUGAAGCAUACCAGCUGUCCAGCAAAUGCAGAUGGUGCACUUACAUGAAGGAUACCACCACUGCUGUAACUCCUGUGUCUUUGAGAUGGAUAAACUGAUCUGAAGUGCUCACCAGGAUCCAUGCAGGCCAGCGUGUGUUUGAAUUCCAUUUGUGCCCUCAGAGCUUCUCGCGAACGUUCAAGCUGAACACUGCACAUUCCUGCACACUCACACAGCCAAAAGGCCAUUUCAGUGUCCUUCACGCUCAGAGCUUCUCACGAAAAGUUAUUCUAAAGCAACACCUGUGCAUCCAUAGAGGUGAGAUGCCAUUUCAUUGCCAUUUAUGCGCUAAAAGCUUCACAGUGAAGUCUACAUUGAAGGAACACCAGUGCAUUCACACAGGAGAGAAGGCAUUUCAGUGCCCUUCGUGCCCUCGAAGAUUCAAACAAAAGAGUACUCUCAAUCGACACCUGUGCACCCACACAGAUGAGAGUCCAUUUCAAUGCCCUUUUUGCCCUCAGAGUUUCUCACGAAAGAGUGUCCUGAACCAACACCUGCGCACCCACACAGGCGAGAAGCCAUUUCAAUGCCCUUCGUGCCCUCAGAGCUUCUCACUGAAAAAUACUCUGAACCAGCAUCUGCGCACCCACACAGGAGAGAAGCCAUUUCAAUGCCCUUCGUGCCCUCAAAGCUUCUCACUGAAAAAUUCUCUGAACCAGCACCUGCGCACCCACACAGGAGAGAAGCCAUUCCAUUGCCCUUCGUGCCCACAGAGAUUCUCACAAAAGAGUAAUCUGAACCAGCACCUGCGUACCCACACAGGCGAGAAACCAUUUCAAUGCCCUUCAUGCCCUAAGAGCUUCUCACAAAAGAGUAAUCUGAACCAACACCUGCACACCCACACAGGAGAGAAGCCAUUUCAAUGCCCUUCGUGCCCUCAGAACUUCUUACAAAAAAGUAAUCUGAACCAACACCUGCACACCCACACAGGAGAGAAGCCAUUCCAUUGCCCUUCGUGCCCUCAGAAAUUUUCACAAAAGAGUAAUCUGAACCAGCACCUGCGCACCCACACAGGAGAGAAGCCAUUUCAAUGCCCUUCAUGCCCUCAGAGCUUCUCACAAAAGGGUCAUUUGAACCAGCACCUGCGCACCCACACAGGAGAGAAGCCAUUUCAAUGCCCUUCGUGCCCUCAGAGCUUCUCAGUGAAAUAUUCUCUGAACCAGCACCUGCGCACCCACACAGGAGAGAAGCCAUUUCAAUGCCCUUCGUGCCCUCAGAGCUUCUCACUGAAAAAGUCUCUGAACCAGCAUCUGUGCACCCACACAGGUGAGAGGCCAUUUCAAUGCCCUUCGUGCCCUCAGAGCUUCUCACGAAAGAGUACUCUGAACCAACAUCUGUACACUCACACAGGUGAGAGGCCAUAUCAGUGCCUUGCAUGCCCUCUGAGCUUCUCACAGAAGAAUGCUCUGAACCAGCACCUGCGCACCCACACAGGCGAGAAACCAUUUCAAUGUCCUUCAUGCCCUCAGAGCUUCUCACUGAAAAAUUCUCUGAACCAGCACCUGCGCACCCACACAGGAGAGAAGCCAUUUCAAUGCCCUUCGUGCCCUCAGAGCUUCUCACUGAAAACUUCUCUGAACCAGCACCUACGCACCCACACAGGAGAGAAGCCAUACCAUUGCCCUUCGUGCCCUCACAGAUUUUCACAAAAGAGUUAUCUGAACCAGCACCUGCGUACCCACACAGGCGAGAAACCAUUUCAAUGCCCUUCAUGCCCUAAGAGCUUCUCACAAAAGGGUCAUCUGAACGAGCACCUGUGCACACACACAGGAGAGAAGCCAUAUCAGUGCCCUUUAUGCCCUCAAAGCUUCUCACAAAAGUCAACAUGGAAGGUUCACCUGCACUACCACUGAUGUGAGAGGCUGUUUCAGAGCCGUUCAUCUCGUGAGAACUUCUUGUGGAAGUCUGCAUUAAACCAACAGCCACGCAUCCACACAGGCGGGCGGUCAUUUCAGUGCCCUGCAUGCCCUCAGCAAUCCUCAAAAGUCCUUACUGAAGGACCACGUGUGCAUCCACUCAGCGAGAGGCCAUGUCAGUGUUCAUGUACUCGGAUGUACUCAUGGAAGUUCGCACUGAACUUCACUUCCACUAAUGUGAGAGGCUGUUCAGGGUCCUUCAUGUCCUGAGAACUUGUGGAAGUCUGCACUGAACCGACACCUGCUCGUCCACAGUCCGUAGCGAAGGAUCACCUGUGUAUCCACUCGGGGAGACGCCAUGUCAGGGCUCUUCAUGUCCUCAGUUACUUGCAGAAGUUCACACUGAACUGACACAUGCACAACCCACUUAUGCGAGAGACCAUUUCAGUGCCACUUCUACCGCCAAACCUUUGGACAUAAGAGCCACCUCGAUAGGCACCUUGCCACCACAAGUGCACGUGACAUGUGCGGUGCAGCAGCGCAGAGUUGUGUGCACUCCUCAUUGUUCCUUCUUGCUUUUCAUGUUUUCCUUAUUUUUGUCAUGGAAACUCAGCAUGUGUACAUGUGUAGUUCUACACUAGGAUAAACAUAGUAAGUCUUCACUUUUCAUUAUUAUGUUUAAGCUCUUUGUUGCAGACAAGCACUUUUCUGAUUGAAGCGUUCAACUGCUCUUUACUUAAUCAGUUGUGAGAGUUCGUUUUGUGCACUAAAUAAAAUUUCGGAUUGGAUUUUGUUAAUUAUUGAUAUUUCAAUACUUGCACUAAUAGCAUGUAAUGUUUCAUUCGCAUUUAUUGUGCUGAACACCCAAAAGAGAAUUUGAGUGGCUAUUUACUAUUGCUAUGUAAUGCAGUUAAAACAACCUUUUCUCAGCAAUUGAAAGUAUGCAGUUAUGUGCUUUUUGAUUCCUGCUAUGAUUCAACUGGUUUCAGUGAUACUAAAUGUACUGGUAUGAAAUUUUUUUGCUCGUAAAGAUCUGUGCAGACGUUUGAGAACUUUGAAAAUUGCUUCAUAAUAAAACAUCGUUCUCAUGAA